CUCCCGUUCCCCUCCCAGGGCCGAACAAUAAACCAAACAAAAAAGAAGAAGAAAACGUAAAUAAAUAUAUUUCCGGAAAAUUUCCAACAUCGUCUCUGUAAAUCACGACAAAUGCUGCCAUAGAUCGCACAUGUGAGGCCUCGGCGAUCCAUGCACCGCAGCCCUAGGGUUCGAUCCGAUCGAUGCACCAAGGACCUGCAUUGCUCUGAUCCGAUCGAAGUAUUCCAAUCCAGUUCCCCUCCGAAUCGCUUCUCUGUUGCCGAAUGGAUUAAGAUCGGAUCGGAAUUUGGAACUCCGUGACGUUCGGUUUUUGAGGUUGGAGAUUUUCGAUUCGGAGGAUCGGCAUUGGUUGUCGUCGAGCGAGGGCAUCAGAAGAUCUAGUUUCUUGUUGAUUUGGAUCGAGGUUGAGUCUGAACGAUGUCUUCUUUAUCUGCGAUCAGCGAGGAGCUCGCGGAGAUAGAAGGGCAGAUCUCUGAUAUUUUUCGAACUCUAUCAAAUGGAUUUCAGAAAUUGGAGAAGAUUAAAGAUGCGGGCAGGCAGAGUAGACAGUUAGAAGAGCUCACGGGGAAGAUGCGGGAAUGUAAGAGGCUUAUUAAAGAGUUUGAUAGAGAGUUGAAAGAUUUGGAGUAUAGAAAUGACCCAGAGACGAACAAGAUGCUGAACGAGAGAAAGCAAUCUAUGGUCAAAGAGUUGAAUUCAUACGUUGCUCUGAAGAAGCAAUAUGCAAGCAAUAUUGAUAGCAAGCGGGUCGAUCUCUUUGAUGGGCCUAAUGAUGGGGUUGGGGAAGACAAUGUCUUGCUAGCUUCAUCUAUGACAAAUCAACAGCUAGUAGAUCACGGAAAUCAGAUGAUGGAUGAAACUGAUGAAGCCAUCGAGAGAUCAAAAAAGGUUGUCCACGAAACAAUCAAUGUUGGAACAGAAACUGCUGAAUCUCUGAAGGCUCAGACUGAGCAAAUGAGUAGGAUUGUUAAUGAAUUGGACUCUAUCCAUUUCUCAAUCAAAAAGGCUUCAAAACUGGUGAAGGAAAUUGGUAGGCAGGUUGCAACUGAUCGGUGUAUUAUGGCCAUGCUCUUCCUCAUUGUGCUUGGCGUCAUAGCCAUCAUAAUUGUAAAGCUCGUGAACCCGCACAACAAAGACAUCAGGGACAUUCCAGGAUUAGCCCCGCCCGUUCAAAGUCGAAAAUUACUGUGGAAUCCUAAUUGAAAGGUGCUACAUCCAAGUGUGGACCUAAUUAGAUGGUCUACAACUAGAUUGGAAGGAUCUUAGGUUGGCUCAUGACACCGUUGGAGACUUCAGACUAGAUCGGUUUGAUGGAUCAUGAUGUAGCCAACAGAAGUAAUUUGUUCAAAAUAUAUACAUUAUGCGCCGAGGCCAUCUGCAUGGCACUGGCAGAACAUGCCGACUUGGCUGAAUCCCCCGAUUACCGGACUCCCGAACUGUGGUUGUUUGUAGCAGAGUGUGGUGAAUUCAUGUUUUGUUUGUAUGUUUCCUGCUGUUAUCACUAAUUUAUCUUCAUUUAUGCGAGGGAAACCAAAAAUAUGUAAACUUGGCAUUGUAUUUGUUCAUACUCGGAACGCUUUGCAAUCAUACCGUUGCUUUUAGUUUGUUCA